AAUAUGCAUUCCUUCGGUUACAGAGCCAACGCUCUGCUCACCUUCGCCAUUACCAUUCUUGCCCUUAUGUGCGCUAUGGCUUCCCUCUCCGACAACCUCAACUCCCCCUCUCCCUCUGCCCAUGUCCAGGUCUUGAACGUUAACUGGUUUCAGAAACAACCCAACGGAAACGACGAGGUCAGCAUGACGAUGAAUAUAUCGGCAGAUUUACAAUCUCUUUUCACAUGGAACACAAAACAGGUUUUUGUCUUUUUAGCCGCCGAGUAUGAAACUCCAAAGAAUUCUUUGAAUCAGAUAUCCCUAUGGGAUGGUAUCAUUCCCUCAAAAGAGCACGCAAAGUUUUGGAUUCAUACUUCAAACAAGUACCGCUUCAUCGACCAGGGAAGGAAUUUGCGUGGUAAAGAAUUUAACUUGACUAUGCACUGGCAUGUUAUGCCAAAGACGGGCAAAAUGUUUGCAGACAAAAUAGUCAUGCCGGGUUACCGUUUGCCAGAGGAAUAUAGAUGAUUCUUUCAUGUCUUAUUAAUGAUGUAUUACUGUAACUUUAGCCUUUUCUAUAAUGGAUAUAGAGGGUUACCUCAAAGAGCUAGAAUCAGGAAACUAGUGAUUUGAGAAAGUGGAAAUGAAUUUUUCUUGUGGUAUUUAAUUGCCUCCUCUUGUUAACAAUAAAAUGAAUCCAGUACAAGGGUGAAGGGUGCACUCAAUAACACCCUGAAUUUCAAUU